AAUGAAAACAAACAUCUGUCAAAAAUUAAGACUGAACGCAUGUGUUUCUAUUUUUUUUUAAUUUGUCGUAUAAUUCAAAGAUUUUUUAAAAUAACACUAUGAGUGACGAGGAAGAGCAAUUUAAUCCCAAAGCACAUAAGAAACUAUUGCAAGGCAUCAGCAGCCUGGGCAAAGCUCAACAUAUUAGGAAAACAACACGUAAUGAACCUAUACGUCAGCAGGAUGAGUUUCAAUUGGUAAAACCUGGAGACGAAUUAGCUACACGUUAUCCAGUUGGCUUGCAUGAUAUUGUAAAAGUUUUGCAAACAACUAAGAAACAUGUAGAAGCCGGAAAACAACUGAAAGUUGUACAGUCUUCAAAAAAAGUACUUGAUAAACCACUAGAAAUCCCGCAAGCAAAUCGUCUUAAACGAGGACUCGGCUAUGAUAAAACGAAGAAAAACUUGGGACGUUGGGACGCCGUUGUGUCUCAAAAUCGUAAUGCGGAAACUCAAGUUUUUCCUCUACGGUCCGAAACCAUUUAUGUUGAUACGUCAUUAUACCGUAAACCAUUGGAACGAUCGCUUAAGUCUGAAUUAGCUAUCGAGUUAGAAGCAGAACAAGCGCGCCUAAAGGCCGCAAAGCGAGAAUUAGCAGGUGACACAGAGAAUGUAGAGGAACUAGCCAAAAGAGAAGCAGAGUUAUUGAAGAAAAAGUUAACACGAGACGAGCUUUUUGCGCGCCGUAAAGAGUUAGCAUACUUAAAAAUGAGAGAGUCCCAAAAGUCACUAAAAGCACGCAAGCAAAACAAAAUAAAGUCGAAAAAGUAUCACAAAUUGCUUAAAAAACAAAAAAUGCAAGAGCAAAUCAAACAAUUUGAGAUUCUGCAAAAAACAAAUCCUGAGGCAGCUUUGGAGAAAUUGAAUGAGUUAGAAAAGAACAGAGUUUUGGAAAGAGCUAGUUUGCGUCAUAAGAACACUGGGACAUGGGCAAAAAAUUUGCAAAUACGUGCAAAAUAUGAUAAGGACGUAAGGAAGGACUUGUCUGAACAAUUGCAAAUUAGUCGUCAAUUAACGCAAAAGAAAAUCGAUAGCGAUGAUGACACUGAUGACGACAAUGCCACAAAGGCUUCCCACAUCAGCACUGAAAAAGAGUUGAAUGAAUCUGAUCCCUUCAAUCCAUGGACGCGUUUAGAAAGCAUUCAAAAAGACGGAGGUACUAAUGAAGUUGAAGGUGAAAACUGGAGAAAAUAUUGGCUGGAUCGAAACGAAAAUGAAAAAAUGUUGGAUGAAUAUAAAAAGCUUUUAGUUGAAGAAGAUAUGUCUGAUGACGAACAGAAAAAAAUCAAAGAAACAACAGAAAACGAUGAAAAGUUGCUAAAUGAGGUUGAUUCAAGAAAAAAAGCUACUAAACAGAAAGUGAAAAAAGCUAAUAAAAUGAGUAAAAAGGUGGUAAAAGCAAACAAUAGAACUGCCGUGGUCGAAGAAGAAAUUAAAUCUAGUGGAGCUGGUGAAUGGUUAGUUGAAGAGACUAACAUUUGCAAUUCGGAAAAUAUUUCCAAUGAUACCAAUAUUGAUGAUAUUUUUGAUAAGCAAGAGGACAAAAUUAAACAAAAGGUGACUAAAAAAAUGAGAGAAUUAUCUAAAAAGGCUAAGCUUUUAAAAAAGACUCAGUUGAAGGAUACAAAACAAAAAAAACGUCUGAAAAAGGAUGAACUGAAGAAUUUAAAAGAUUUAUCCUUUAAAAAAGAAUUGAAACGACCAAUAAUAGACGAAGAGCUCGGUAUUGAAGAAAAGAGUAAAAGCAAUGUUGAAAUCAACAUGGACAAUUUUAAAAAAGCUUUGGAUAGUCAGGCUCUACAGACUGAACCACCAACAAUUGAAAUAAAACCUUCCACAAUUAUUGAUCCAAACAAAUUGACUGAUGUGAAACUUAAACAACAUAUAAAUAACUUCAUUGGCUUGAAUGAAUCUAUUGGUGCUGCAGACGAUGACGUGGACGUAAGUGGCGAUGAAGAUAAUGAUAAGGUUUAUUUAGAUCAACAAAUGACAAUCAGCCAAGCAUUUGAAGACGAUGAUAUUAUUGCCGACUUCACCCGCGAUAAGGCUAAAGACUCGGAAGUAAAAGACGCAGAAAUCGAUUUGUUUAUGCCUGGUUGGGGUUCAUGGGCUGGCGCUGGUAUUUCCGCUGAGCGACAAGCUGCUAUUAAAAACAAACGUCUAGUUCUUAAGUUAGCUAAAAAAGAAAAGCGUCGUGAUGAUAAUAAAGGCGGCCUUUAUAUUAACGAAACUGCGAGUAAACAAUUACGUUCUCAUCUUGUUUCUGAAGUGCCAUUCCCAUUUACCUCUGUAGCUGAUUAUGAAGGAAGUAUUCGGGCAACUAUUGGACGAAAUUGUGUUCCGGAAACCGCUUUUCGUAUGCUAACACGACCGGCGAUCAUAACACAUAAGGGUCAAGUAAUUGAACCCAUGGAUCAAAGUGAAAUAACAAAACCGCAGCGCAGGUUAAGACAUGUAGUUGAUAGAAGGAUAGCAAGAAUGAAUGAAAAUCGUCCCGCAAAAAUUGUUAAAACAAAAAAAAAAUACUAAAAAAACAUUUUAAAAAUGAGUAUGUAUUAAUAUACAUUUUUGUCUUUAAUUGCCAUUUCGGCUAUACAGCUUAACUGAUGUUGAGUGAAAAACCUCGUUUGUUAAAAUAAUUGGUAUACAAAUAAAAUACAAUACAGGAAUAUAAGCAA